UCCUGUCGACCAGAAGGAUGAAGAGCAGACGAAUGUUGACGAUAGCCGUGGCUGUCUUAUCGAUGCUAGCGUUGCCGAGAUGCAGCGGCGAGCUCUACACCGCGCUGGCGGAUAUGGAGGAAUUGCUGGAAACGGAGGCGGUGCUCAUCGACACUCUGAACGGCUACAUUAAAGCGCAGGAAGAGCGUCUGGCUACUCUCAGAAAGAACGUGGAGGAUUACGCCAGGGAGCACGAGGAAGCCUCGAGAAACAUUCAGCAGUACCUGUCGAAUCCAAUCAACGCUUAUCUGCUGGUAAAAAGGCUGACCACCGACUGGAAACGAGUCGAGGAGCUGAUCACCCAGGACGUGGGCAAGUCGUUCGUCGCGAACAUCACCAGCUCGCGGAGCGACCUGAAAUUCCCAACUGACGAGGACCUUAAUGGCGCGGCCGUUGCUCUGAUGAGGCUCCAGGACACUUACAAACUCGAAACUGCACAAGUCGCCAGGGGCGUGCUGAAUGGAGUCCAGUACAGCACCGGAUUAACGGCCAGCGAUUGCUUCGAGCUCGGACGACAGUCCUAUCACAAUCGCGAUUACUAUCACACGGUGCUGUGGAUGCAGGAAGCCAUGGAUCGACUUCAAGAAGAGCAGAAUGCUACCAGCACUUCGAAACCGGAUAUCUUGGAAUAUCUAGCCUUCUCGACGUACAUGCAAGGGAACGUGGCGCGAGCUUUAAGCAUGACGAACGAGCUUUUGGAACUGGUGCCGACGCACGAGCGAGCUUUGGGCAACCGGGCUUAUUACCAGAAGGAAAUUCAGAGCAAGGCGAACCAGUCGAAGAAGAAACGCGGGGAGGACGAGCAGGAGGACACUGCGAUCCCUGAGCAGCACUUCACCGUUAACGAGGAGAAAGCAAAAUCGUGGGAUGAGUUGUCGGAAAGGGAGCGUUACGAGAUGCUGUGCCGUGGCGAGGUCUCGAUCACACCGGCCAUGAAGAAGAACCUAAUGUGCCGAUACGUCGACCGUGGAAUCCCGUUCCUGAAGAUCGCGCCGCUCAAAGAGGAGGAAGCGUAUCUGGACCCGAGGAUAGUGAUUUACCAUAACGUGAUUUACGACGAGGAGAUCGAGACGAUCAAAAGAUUGGCGCAGCCCAGGUUUAAACGCGCCACAGUGCAGAACUACAAAACUGGUGCCUUAGAGAUAGCAAAUUAUAGGAUUAGUAAGAGCGCGUGGCUGCAGGAACAAGAACAUAAGCACGUAGAGGCUGUUAGCAAACGUGUCGAGCAUAUGACGAGCUUAACUGUGGACACCGCGGAAGAAUUGCAAGUUGUUAAUUACGGAAUCGGUGGUCAUUACGAGCCACACUUUGACUUUGCCAGGAAAGAAGAAACGAAUGCGUUCAAGAGUCUGGGAACCGGCAACCGUAUUGCUACCGUUCUGUACUACAUGAGCGACGUGGAACAGGGUGGUGGUACCGUGUUCACCGCCAUCAACAUCUCUCUGUGGCCCAGGAAGGGCAGCGCCGCGUUUUGGUACAACUUGAAGCCCAACGGGGAGGGUGACUUCAAGACCAGGCACGCGGCCUGCCCGGUGUUAACUGGAUCCAAAUGGGUUGCAAACAAAUGGCUGCACGAGAGAGGUCAAGAAUUCCGGAGGCCCUGCACCUUGGAGAACCAAGCAGCGGACGAAGCUGACGUCAGGCACUGAAUCUGCAACGAAACCACGGAUCAACCACGGUUCUAGUAGAAACGGACGAGAAGAGUGUCUCUGUUCGAGAUCGAAACACCGGAAUGUUGUUGUAAAGGGAACGUUGACUUUGUCGUCGCGACGAGUCUCGAACAAAUUCGAAGCGAUGUAAUUACACCGUGAACUUUUCUAUCGGUCGCGCGAACCCGCGGCGGUUCAAGCUCUUAUCUAUUAAGAACAACUACCCUCUUCUAAGUCGUUGUCAUCGAGUUUCGAUUCGUCGUUUUCUUACUACCGGAGCACAGCAUUUUAGGUGUAGCGUGCAUUAGGAGUCGAAGCAAUAAAACGUUCCACGUUUCGGGCCAGUCUGUUUAUCCUCGCGGGGGUCUCAUGAUCGCUGAGAUUGCAGCGCGAUCACGAGGCCCCUGAGAUGGUGUGUGAUCGAGAGUUAGCUCUAGGCAAAGGAGAAACGGAAUCAAGCAUUCCUGUGUUCAUCAUAGAGUAUUCUAAUCGCAUCUUCACCGCAUCGUUCCUUCUUCUUCACGUUUCUCGCCCCCGCCCCACUCGACCACCGGGUCCUUUUGUAAAUAGUAGUGAUGUAACCGUGAGAAUCGAUGAUUCCUUGAAGACCCAUAGCGUGUUGUAUACGAAUCGCUUGUAUAAAAUGGAAAUAAAACGAGGAGGAAUGACAGAGAGAGAGUUUAUCGAUGAGAAUUGUCUCGAUCAUGGGCGGGAGUAGAAUAGAUUUUAUCGACAGGGCCCAGGAAGCUUUGAUACCAUUUUAUCCAGAAGAGAUCUUGUUGAUACGUGUCAGAGAGCUACCACAUUUUAUCUAUCAGAUUUUAUAUAGCAGAUCCACUCUAUAAAAAUGCAAGCUUAGUAUUAAUUUUUUAAGUCGUCUGCUUCAAAAUUUUUGAAAUUGUGAAUCAAACUAUUCCAAGACACAACUGUCUAACUCUGUUGGAGUCUAUUUUGCAAAGAGACUAUACUAAACUAAUGAAUUAAAUGUGCUAUCAUAUUAAAAAAAUUGUCCAUGGAGUUUAUAGAUCUUCUACGAAUCAGUAAUAUAGCGCACAUAACAUGAUUUAAAGUAAUAUUUGCGUCUGAAGAAAAGUAACAAGCAAUUGUUGUUUAAUUUGGAUAUACGACCUUAUUCAAGUGUUGUCUUUUGAAUUUUAAAUUGGCGCCAAGCAUGGUGGCGCUUCCAGUCACGCGACGAGUCGUUCAUUGGUCCAUUUUGAACCAAGUCAAAUACAACAGUAAGUCUAAAUCUUAUAAAAAUUCUUUUAAAUAAAAUAUCUAAGCAAAAUGCUAUUUGCGAUUGCUCUCAUGUUACAUGAAAGAUCUACGAAAUGGUGGAUCUAUUCUAUGCCUGGUUCAUGGUCACGUCUCUUUACACCAGUGAUAUUGACCGUAGCAUGUAAGGCGUUAUUUGUGAGCUUCGAUGUCCGUUGUCGUUUCGAAUGAAAAGAAUCUAUUGAAACUAUCAAGUAGAGCAAAGAAAAAGAUAUGCAAA